CCUCUUUUUACACAAAUCGAAAGCAUUUCUCUGCUCAUACGCUUUAGCUAGCUAGUUAGCCUUUUUAGCAUCUGUGUUACACAAUUGUGUCUUUAGGUCAAACCAGAAUCAGCGUAUCGAGAAGAAGGAACUAGCAAGCUAGCUAGCUUCUUCAACAGCCAUGGGUGUGCAAGUCAAAGUCGAAUACUGCGGUGGAUGAGGGUACGAGCCCCGCUAUCAGGAGCUCGCGCGGGUUGUAACCGCGGAGUUCACUGAAGCGGAGGUGUCAGGCUUCGUAGGAAGGCAAGGCAGUUUUGAGAUUGAGAUCAAUGGGAAAGUAGUCUUCUCCAAGCUUGAAACUAGCGGCUUCCCAUAUGAAGAUGACGUCAUGGACGCUAUCCAGAAAGCCCAUGAUGGCAAGCCAGUGGAGAAGAUCACCAAGAGCCGCCCACCUUGUGUCAUCCUGUAGAUCUCCUCUCCCUCUAUCCUCCAACCCUGCCCUCUCCUGACAGCAGCAUGCUGAAGACAGGACGGUGCACUCCCAUCACUGCCACUGUCAUCACUCACUCAGCCUUUGCACUAACCGGGCAUGAGGGUGACACACAACUCUCUGUUGAAACUACACUAGCAGAGUUGGACUAAGACCACUGAAGCCGCUGUCUUUGAUUUAGAGUACAACCUGUGGUAAGGUUUUGUUGUGCCUUCUCUCUCCCCUCUCUCUCUGCUCCCAUUGCAGUGUUCCAGGACGUAUAUGAUUACUGUAGCCCAAAGCUGAAAGGUUGAUAGUAUGAUAACCCCAGUCCUGGUAGCUCCUAUGUUAUGGGAUCAGAGAAAGGGAGGAGACCGUAAGAUGGAGGGGCAAACAGGUUGGGGGGAACACCCUGUUAUAUUCCAAAAGCCUCAUUGCCUGGCAGACAGUUACUGCCUGAUUGUUGUAAUUCCUCUCAAGAAGGGAAGGAGCUAAAUUAUUUUCAGCCCUCUGUGGAAAUAAUUAUAUCAACAAGCUCUAAGCGUCAUAAGCCCUGUUUCACAACUUGUAUCCUGUACCCUACUAUGCUGAUGAACGUGCUGCUUAAACCUGUCACUGUCAAUGCAAUGUUUGUCAAUUGAUUUAAUAAGAUGUGUUCUAAAGUCUAUGAAAUGGAGACACUUUAAACUAGGUCGAAACUUAGCCUUUUUACAGGGUUUUUUGUGUGUCAGUUCUGUCAUUACAACUUUUGUUUAUUUUUAAAACUAAUGUAUAUCUAUGUCGGAACUUGGAUGUAAUAUAUAUUAUUAUUUUUUGUCCAUCUUAUAGCUAAUCUGUCUGGAGCAUUCCAGGCAGUGUCUUUAACAGUGAACUAGGUUUCUCUUUAGCCGAAAUGUGAGAAACACCAUAGUAGCCAAACCUCUUGUGAAUUCGCAAUUGUAUACUGCCACUGAAUCAUAGAUAAUGCAUUUUCAUUGACUCUGUGGCUUUUAUAUAUGAUCAGCUUUACUAUUAGUAGAGCUGACCUUGCAAGUAGAUAAAUCCUUAGUUGUUUUGAAGGCCAUCUCUCACUGGUCUGUCUAUCACUAACGACACCUCAUCAGCAUCUGUUUAUGCGUACAGUUUAUUGAAUAUCAUCUCUGAAUAUUUUUUUUCCCGUUGCCCAGGGCUGUCAAGUAUGAUACCCAUUGGGAGAACUUCUAUCACAAAAUAAAAUUAUGGAUUAUUUAACUGUAUAAAGAUGUUAGUAUUGUCUUUCUUAACGUGUCAUGUUCAAAAUGACUUAACAUAUGUUUUUUCUUCUCUUUGUUUCACUUCAGUAAUAACUACUCAACUCCAUAAGAAUGGAAGAACAAUUGAAUUCUAAAGUGCUAUGUAACAACAUACUAACAUGUUAUUAUUAGAGUAUUGACUCAUUCACAGGUCUGAACUGUUCUUACAGUACAUCCCCAUGGCAACAAAGCACCUCAGGUGUGUUACUCAGGUAAGUCUCAGUAAUUACUCUCUUGUUGAUGCUCACAUUCAGACAUCUAAUACCACUGUCAUGUGAUCAUUCUAUAGGGGGAACAGGUGUUUGUGUGCUGUUGGCUACACCCACGCUGUAAUGUCAACACAGCCAGCCAUGACAACCGCAGCAGGAAGAGAAGAGCCUUUGGAGCAAGAAGCAUCUUGUCAGCCAGGCAAAACACCUUUACAUCAGCGAAGCACAUUCAAGAAUAAAGGAGUGAUAAGAAAGUAUGAAAAUGUAUGCACUCACUAACUGGAAGUCGCUCUGGAUAAGAGCGUCUGCUAAAUGACUAAAAUGUAAAAUGUAAAAUGAUAAGAAGAAUCUGAGUCAAAAGCCAUGGGUGUGGUGCAGAUCAGAGUGGAAUACUGUGGCCAAUGAGGGUACGAGCCCCGCUACAAGAAACUUCAGCAGGCUGUCGCUGUGGGGUUUCCUGAGGCGGAGGUGUCAGGCUUUGUAGGACGAAAAGGUUGAACCUACAUAUUGUUUUGAAGAUACAGUUGAAGUCGGAGGUUUACAUACACUUAGGCAGCUUUGAGUUGGAGAUCAACAGGGUGCUGGUCUUCUCCAAGCUGGAAACAGGUGGCUUCCCCAUGUAAAAGGAUGUCAGGGACGCUCUCCAGAACACCUAUGAUGGCAAGCAAGUGGAGAAGUGGACCAGGAAUCGCCCACCUUGUGUCAUCCUGUAGAUCUCAAUUCCCUCCAUCAUCCAACCGUAAUCACUCAGACCAAUGCUGCUGUCUGUCACCACUCACACAGCAUAGACUCUUUCCUAUAUAGAUACCUUUUUGGUUGUUCCUUCUCUCUCCCCUCUCUCUCUGCUCCCAUUGUAGUGUUCCAGGACUUUAUAUGAUUACUGUAGCCCAAAGCUGAAAGGUUAUAGUAUGAUGACCCCAGUCCUGGCAGCUCCUAUGUUAUGGGAUCAGAGAAAGAGAGGAGAUGGAGGAGACUGGUUGGGUGGGACUUCCUUAUUCCGGACCUUCUAUGCCUAUCUGUUUACAGCACCAUCAUCAGCCAGACAAACGAUUAAUAUGAGCUGCUAAAGCCUGUUGUGUUAUUGUGUAUUGACCUCUCAUAUUGCAACUGAUGCUUUGAGAUUAGUUUUAUGUUAAGUAGAACUGGUCAGUUGAGUAGAUGAAUUGAUAGUUAUGGUUAUGAAGGCCACCACCCACUGGUCUGUCUGAUACACUAACGAGACAUCAGCCCAUGUUCUUCACAUUUGAAUUAUCAUUGCUGAAUACUGUUAAUGAUUGCUGAUGACAAUGUGUGAUACCAACUGGGAGGACUUCAAUUUCUAAAUAAAAUAAAAUGACAUUGUU